UUCCACUCAGGCGCUAUUGGGGCCGCCCGCCGGCGGGGGCCUUCGAGGCGCGUAUCCCGGCAGGCAGCGCGCGGGGUUCUCCCUUUCGCCGCCAUCUUGGUGCGCAGCCAUAGGGGCCUGCCGGGACCAGGGCUGCAGGAGGACACCAUGAGCGGGAGGUUGUGGUCCAAGGCCAUUUUUGCUGGCUACAAACGUGGCCUCCGAAACCAGCGGGAGCACACCGCCCUUCUGAAAAUUGAAGGUGUCUAUGCUCGCCAGGAGACAGAGUUUUACUUGGGCAAGAGGUGUGCCUAUGUAUACAAAGCGAAAAACAACACCGUAACCCCUGGUGGCAAGCCCAACAGGACACGAGUGAUCUGGGGGAAGGUAACCCGUGCCCAUGGGAACAGCGGCAUGGUUCGUGCCAAGUUCCGUUCCAACCUCCCUGCCAAGGCCAUUGGACACAGAAUCCGAGUGAUGCUGUAUCCCUCUAGGAUCUAAAUUUUUAUUGGAAAUAAAAUGCAGAGUCUGUUUCA